CCUGAGCGUCAUCAGUCCGCGCGGUGGCCGCUCCCGCAGCCGCGGCUGCCGCCACCGCCUGGAGCUCCAUGGGCUUCUCCUGCGCGCCGCCCGGUGUGAGGCCGAGUCCGGCAAGCCGCGGCGCCCGGUGCCCGAGCCAUCGCGGACGCUGGAGGCUGGGCUCCGGGAUAGGGGCAGCAGCUGGCGGCGCGGGACUGCAAGCUGCCUUCAGGUUGACGAUGCCAGUAUGGACAGAAUAGCUUAUGAUGCUUAUCCCCACCCAUCACUUCCGAGACAUUGAGCGGAAACCAGAAUACCUCCAGCCAGAGAAGUGUGCCCCACCUCCCUUCCCUGGUCCUGCGGGAACCAUGUGGUUUAUCCGUGAUGGCUGUGGCAUUGCCUGUGCCAUUGUCACCUGGUUUCUGGUCCUCUAUGCGGAGUUUGUAGUCCUCUUUGUCAUGCUGAUUCCAUCCCGAGACUACGUGUACAGCAUCAUCAACGGAAUUGUGUUCAACCUGCUGGCCUUCUUGGCCCUGGCCUCACACUGCCGGGCCAUGCUGACGGACCCCGGGGCAGUGCCCAAAGGAAAUGCCACUAAAGAGUUCAUCGAGAGCCUUCAACUGAAGCCUGGGCAGGUGGUGUACAAGUGCCCCAAGUGCUGCAGCAUCAAGCCAGAUCGGGCCCACCACUGCAGUGUUUGUAAACGGUGCAUUCGCAAGAUGGACCACCACUGUCCUUGGGUCAACAACUGUGUCGGCGAGAACAACCAGAAGUACUUUGUCCUGUUUACAAUGUACAUAGCUCUCAUUUCCUUGCACGCCCUCAUCAUGGUGGGAUUCCACUUCCUGCAUUGUUUUGAAGAAGACUGGACAAAGUGCAGCUCUUUCUCGCCACCCACCACAGUCAUCCUGCUCAUCCUGCUGUGCUUUGAGGCACUGCUCUUCCUCAUUUUCACAUCAGUGAUGUUUGGAACCCAAGUGCACUCCAUCUGCACAGAUGAGACGGGCAUUGAACGCCUCCAGCGAAAGAAACAGCCCAGGGAGCACUCGGGCAGCUGGAAGUCCGUCCAGGAGGCUUUUGGUGGGAACUUUUCCUUGAACUGGUUCAACCCUUUCACCAGACCUUGUCAACCAGAGACACCGAUUAACAAGGGCUUGGUACGGCAAGUGUCAUCUCUGUCAGACACGGACAACAUGGAAGCUACUGAGAGCCAAUUGGAGGAGACAAAAGACAGGGACUCUGUGGAGGUGCUGGAUGAAUAGAGGCUGUGGAGAAUAAUGUACCAACAGUAGCUGCUGGCCUGUUGAGUGCUCCCCAGCUCCCUGGGUUUCCACAGGCCACUCCCUUGGUGUUACCAACUCUGUCACCCCACCCUUUCUCCAUUUAGGACUAGGGGUGGAUUGUGGGUAGAGGAGAAUAGUGACUGGGAUGUCCAUGGGGAAGAAAGCCACUUCUGCUUCUUAUGAGCUGUCUUGGGGAAGUUGGGGUCUUGGGGACGGAUACUGACAUCAGGAAUGACUAGCCAGAAAGUCUAGGGAUACACCAGCAAUUCCUAGGGAAGGGAUUCCUUGACUGGCUGGCUGUGGGAAUCAGGACAGAGGAGGAGCUACUGAACCUGCCCUCAGGACUUGGGCUUGGUUGAAAGAGCACCCCACCCACCCACCUGCAUGCAUGCUGCCAAGAAGGAACUGAGCCUGAGUUAUGACUGUUGCCCAAAAUUUGUUCCCAUCCUAUAGAUAACAGACUCUUAUCUGAGACACAGUGGAGCCAGCCUUUCUGUGGCCACAAGUUUGCAUUCCCAGAAGAGCAGGGAGAGGACAUAUAUUGAGCUCCUGGAGAAAGUCUAGUAAGACAUGGGGACAAGUUUAACCAUAAAUGGCCGCCUUUGCAUUUUAGAACAGAUCCCAAGAUGGUGCAUCAAAGAAAACUGCAUGGCAGGACCUAGUGGCACAUGCCUUUCUUUAUUCCCAGCAUUUGGGGCAGGCAG